GUUGCCGGGAGACGCGCGGAGGCGCCCGAGCGCGGCCGCUCCCGGCCGGUCCCAUCCGGUGCCGUCCGCUCCCUGCCGCCCCGGGCCGCCGGGGCAGGCGCGUCCCCGUCCCGGCCCGCUCUCUCGGCCGUUGGGGAAGCCUCUCCCGCAGCCGCUCCGCGGGCGCGGUGGGAGCGGCAUGGACCUGGCGAUCGGGGAGCGGCUGUUCGCAGCGGCGGCUCACCGAGAUGUUCAAGCUUUGGAGAAUGCUUACGAGUUGAUUAAAUCAGCCAGUGUAGGAAAAUCUGCGCUCAGUCCAUCAGAGAACUUCAGCCCUGACUUGUAUGUUUUAUGUGCUGAACAGGCAUUCCAGCUGGGGUGUCUGGAAAUGAGCAGUGACUGUCUACAGAUGUAUUUUAAAGGAAGAUUUCCUGUAAACCAGUUUAUUGGCAGAGCAUACUUGUGCCAAGGCCAGUUGCACACUCCGCUUUCUACUGAUAACUUGGAAGAAUUUGAGAAGUUUGUGAUGUUUUUUUUGAAAGCAAUAGACUUUGCAAUGCAUGAUCCAAGAUAUUAUUUUUUGAUUUAUAAUGCCUCAGUCCUUUACUGGGAAGCUGUGAGACCAUAUCUUAAGCCUGGAUUCCGUUAUUGCCUUAUUCCCAGCCUAUCGCAGAUUGUUAAAGCGUUAAACCAAACUGAAGAGCAAGACAGCGAAUGGAGAGCAGAACUCAUGAUAAAUUUACUUGAGUGCUUCCUUGAUGCUUCAAAAAUGAAAGAAGCAGAAGAAUUUUCCUCUACUGCAGCAAUCUUUAUUAAAGAAAAUGCUCCAGAUAAAUACUCGCAAAUAUUUUCUCUAAUGGUACGUCACCAACUAAUGGAUAUUUCCCAGGUAGAGAAGGAAAUAGAAAAUUCCAUCCAUUUGUCAAUUAUUUAUAAAAUGCAGAUGAUAAAAUUGCAGUGGCACACAAAUGACUUUCCAAAUGACACCAGCACAAAUCUGAAUUCUGUAUAUGAACUUAUGAAACAAUAUGAUGUACCUCCAGCAUCUGUUCUCAGUAAAAAGAUUCCUUUGAUUCUGGAAUUGGCUCGUUUUUCUGUGAAAGCAAACUGCAUCAAGCUUGCUUAUGAUUGUAUGCUUGAUUUGAAGAGAGCUGGGAUUACUGAUCCAGGGAGACUUAUUGAAAUGCAGUGCUUGGAAUAUGAAUAUGAAGUCCAGAAACUUGGCACUAAAAUUAUGACUUACACCAAAGGAGUUGUUGAGGCUCAGCUGAAGUUGAUAAAAAAUCUUGAAUUAACCUUGCAACAUGCAGUUCGAUUGGGAGAUCCCAAUGUAAUUCAGGUUGUUUGUGCUACCCAAUGGAAUCUGUGCUUACCGCUACUACAGCACAAUUUGCAUCAACGUGUGCGAAAGCCGUUGCUAUCAGUUGCUGAUGUCCUAGAAGAGAUUGACAGCAUGUUGAUUUUGUUACGUUGCCAAGUUCACAUGGAAGUUGCUCGUAUUGAAGAAGAUGAAGAUAGAAUUGAGGCUGCCAUAGAACAUUUGCAGAAGGCCGUACAUCUAGAUAACAAUGGGCAGUAUCAAGAACAUCUACGAGUGACUUUGAACCGUCUUCGUUUGUGCACUGUGCUGUAUGAGACACCUGAGCGUCUAGAGGAUCAGGCAGUAAUGAUGAUUGAACAGGCUAAAAAAGGAAAGCAGAAGGAUAAUGUGAGGAAAAAGAGGUCCCUUCUGGUAAAUGCAGGUCUUGCGCUAGCUCCUGAUUCAUUUCAGAUAGUCCUGGAUAGCGAAAAUGAAGCUAAAGUGUCCUCAGGUAAAAGUAGGAGUCAGAUAAGUUACCUCAGUGCAAAAGCACAACAUCAUAUUAAAAGUGUGGAGAAAGCUGAUGGACAUUUGAAGCGCUUAGGAAAUGAAAAUGACAAAGAUAGAAUUAGACUUUGGGCUGAUUUGGCAAAAGUUGCACGAAAACAAGGAGUGUGGGAUGUCUGCCGCACAGCAUGCAGAUUUUGCCUCCUGUAUGAUGAUAUUUCGUUUAGGAAGGUAACAAAACCUAAAAAAACACAGAAAAAGAAAGCUAGUAUAGUUGUGGAUGACGAUCAAGGUGGCAGCUUAACAGGGAAAUCAUUACUACCUGCUGAAUGCUUCUCUUUUGAAAGAGAUUUACUCAGAAUAUUAGCAGAAAUAAGAUUCAUUAAUGCAGAGGCAACUGUUCAUUUAUUAAGAUCGCAAGGAAUUGAACUGAACGAUCAUGCUGUACCUCCAGAAGAUACAAGCCAACAUCCUACAGGAUAUGUUGCAUGUCUUCCUGAAAGUGAUCCAGAAUGGAAAACAUACAGUUUAUGGAUCAACUACUUAUCCCAGUAUGCUAUGGAAAAUUUCCAACGUGCAGCUGAAAUAGGAGAAGAGUUAAAUGAAGCCUGGAUUGUUCACAAUGCUGUGGUGUACGUCUUAAACUACAAUAAACAUCUUAUCACUGCAGGAAGACAGAGGGAGAUUAUUGAGUAUCUGCAGACUCUUCUUAGAGCAAUCAAGAAUGUUGGACACAAUGGAAGUACUGUAAUUUCACUGAUGUUAUGUAAUGCUUUGGCUCGGGGCUUGAUUCUUUGUUGGAUUCCAAAACCAAAACUCGUUGAGAAGAAAAAGAUAGAUGCAGCAACAGACAGAAAGGCUGCGACAAAGGGACCUGAGAAAGCAAAUUUCAUCCAGUUCUUGUCAGUAGAUCCCAGUGGACUUCCUGAUGUCAAAGCAGCCUUAGAGAUUUGUGAAUUUGCCCUAAAUUUGACAGGCAGAACGAUGCCUGCUGAAACAGUACCUAUUGCUGUACGACAACAGAUCAUUGCUACAUGGGUGAAAGCAAAACAGUUACAUCAGCAGCAGAUUGGACUUAAACUUGUGACUGAGGAGGAGAAUAAUGAUGAAGCAGAAAAUCCUAUCACAAGAGUUCUUAUUGGUCUAGAAAUGUAUUCGUGUAACGGCUUGGGUCUCAUGGAUUUUACUGUUCCUAGCUUGUCUCAGUUGGUGAAAUUGGCUUUAGGUUGUAGCUGGUCAGAUUCAUUAGUGGAAUUGCAGACACUGACACGACUUAUGCAUUUUGCAUAUGUAUCACAUGAAUAUGAAAUAGUGAUGACUUGUUCCCAGAGGAUCUUGCAGUCAGCUGAGAACUUUUGCGACAAUAGUGAUGCUAAGAAAUAUGAAAUGCCUGAAAACACAAUGAGACUAGAAAUGUUAAGUACUGCUGCUUGUAUACAGGGGAAGAGUAUAAUGGCAGAUUUGUCUGGAAAAAAUCAUCUGUGUAUAACAGCAUCAAAAGCCUUUGUUCAGAGUGCCAGGUAUGCAGGUGAAGCAGGAAAUUAUUCCCUUGUGAUGUUUGCAGCUAGACAGUUUUGGAAUACAUGCUUACCUUUGAUAGGUUCUCCAUAUGACAGAGAACAGUUUAAAGAACCCACUGAAGUAAUUCUCAAGAACAUAAUUAAAGCAGAAUCUAAAAAUAAACAGGAAAAGAAGGAUACGCUGCCUUUGCAUCAGUGGUUUACAAAGGAUUUUCUAAGUAAUGAAUUAUCACUUGGACACUUUCUCCCAGGUGCUGAGGAAGAUCUGACACUGCGAACCUCUUUAUAUGGGUUAUUAUUCCACAUACAUGCUGAUAAAGCUGAUUGGGAGACAGCACUAAAAGUGCUAGAUGAAGCCGUUCAGGUUUUGCCUCGGACUAGACACAGGCUCUUGAUUUUUAAACAUAUGGUUAUAGUGAAGGCAAGACUGGGAUGUAAUUUUAUGAUGGACAUUCAGAAAUUCAGAGAUGAAAGUGAAGAUUAUUUGUCACUUAUGUGGCACCAUCUGGUAACAGUCUCCAGAAGUAUUGUUGGACAAUUAAACUGUUUUCAAAAUGCAAUUGAUGCUUUACAGAAAGAAGACAGUGAAUGGCAGAAAGUUGAUUAUCUAAUGGAAUUUGCCGAAUGGUUAUAUUGUAACCAGUUUCCUCUUGCUGAUGUUAUUAAACCUCUCCAGUGGGCAGUAGAUAUCUUGCUACAUAUGAAAUUUUUUGUGCAACCGUCUCAAGAAGAAGAAAAAAAUACUGUAAUGAAAUUAUCACCUAUAGAAAAUCUGAAGAUAGACAUUGGAGGAAAUGAUAUGAUGCCCAGAAUUGCUCUGGAAGAUCUGAGUAAUAUUAAACAGCUGGAAGCUUUGUUUAGAGCACAUACUUUAAUGGCUAUAAUUUCUGGUCAUAGUUCUCCUUUUCAUCAGCAGCACUGUUUGAUGGCAUAUGCUUGCAUCAUUCGUAUCUGGCAGGUUUCUCUGUCAGCAUCGGGACCUAUUCUAAAAGUAAUAGCAAAGUCUUCCCAACUUGCCACUUCUCAGAAUGUACAGUCAAUAGCUGCUCCUAAGAAAGAAAAGGACAAAACGCAGGAGACACAAAACCCACAGUCUAAAGGUCAAAAAAAAGACAAAACGUCAAAGGAUAUUGAGCAGGUUAAAGCUUCUGUUGUGAAAGAGAAGCCUAAAAGGAAAGAAUCUAUUGAUAGCUUACCAGCAAAUGUGGAAGAAUGGGCUAGUUAUGACUGUCCCAGUGAAAUCAGAGAGGCAUUCAAACAGAAAACAAAUAUUUACGGUAUCAACGAGGAUAAUUUUCCAAAACCUACUUGCACUUUGUACUUUAUGGACCUUUUAGCUGAAGAGCUACAGAAAAUUUUUUGUCCCCACUUAACUCUUCCCAUCCUUCAGCUGGCUGAAGUCAUUGCUAAUGAAGUUGUGGAAUGUAGAAGUCUGUCUGAUCUCUAUCAUCUUCGAAUUGCCCUGAUAUGUUCAGAUAUAAAACUGAGUGAGGCAUCCUCAUAUCAUGAGAAAGCUGUUGGAGAAACAUUCAUCAGUGCAUUAGAACAAGCAAUGUGUAGGCAAGAGAUUGCACUGAAAAAAGAAAAAAAUGUGCAUGCUAAGAUGGAAGAAAGUAAAGCAUUUUUGGAAAAUGCUAAGCUGAAUGGUAGUAAGGAUGAGAAUGCAAUCACUUCAAAGGAAAAGAUUUUGGAGUUAAAUGCGGUAACAGGAAAAGGACUGAGUGGACUUUCUUUCCCUUACUUAUGGAUAGAAAAAGCUGAAGUACUAAUUCAGCUAGGCUUGUAUCAGCCAGCAAGACUGCUGCUUUCAGAGGCCCUCACUGCAACUCAGGAACUGGGGGCUCUAUAUGAUGUGUCAAGGUGUUUCUACUUAUUUGCUGUAUUGGCUAACCUGGAAAAAAACCACGGACAAGCUAAAGCACUCCUUGAGAAAGCACAGCUUCUAGGAGGAAAUGAACAAUUUUGGUACAACAGCACCCUUAGUCUCAUAGAGGCAAUUCUAGAGGAAGAGGAGGAAGGAAAACAGAGCAUGGCUUGUGGGAUUUUGGAACACACUGUAAAUGUACUCAGAUCUACUUUACUGAAGAGACCUAACAGAGAAUCUGAAUUGCGUUUUAUAAUUGCAUCCCUUGAAGCCAGGAAAACACUCAUUCAGAUACAUUUUGCCCAAGGUUAUAUGAUUACUAAUGCUGAGUCUUCUCAGUUACCACAUAUGCUACAGGAGCCUUAUAAUAGACUAAUUCAAAUUGGGAAAGACUUCUUUUGUUACGGAUAUAAAAACUGCAGCGCUGAGAUCUUGCUAGAAUGUGCAAAUGUUCACAGUCUAGAAAUUGCUAUAAUGGCAAAAAUACAAAACAUGGUAUGCUUUGCCUCCCAGCUGUUUCCAGAGUGUCCUCUUCCAGAGACUGAGCCAUGUUACAUACCCCACUAUUCUGGCGUUUUGUUCCUGGCGAUUACCUGCUCUGGAGCAGUAUCUGGCUUUGUCGUUGGUGUGUCCUGGAGUCCUUCUGUACUGCAACAGUGCGAAGUGGAAUUAACCAGUUUCAAGAACAAGACCUUGAAAAGCAAUGUGAUGAUUGCUAAGCAGGCAAGAAAUGAAGAAGAAAAGCAUAGUCACUAUCUAGAUGCUUAUAACUUAGCUCGGAGGGCAGUUUCUGAAGCAGAAGAAGUGUUUCAUAAUGUUUCUAGCUUAUUUGCAGUUAAUGAGACUACAAAUAUUAGUAUCCCGUUAAUGAGACAGCUGGCUAACAGGAAGCUAAAACUUGUGGAAAUUCUUCUGGAUAUUUUUCAUCUUGUUAUUACUGAAAAAAAGCUCAAAAAAGUAGGAGAGACAUCAUUCCAUGAAGUUGUGGAGGCAUUCAUCAGAGUAAAAACUGAAGAUGAUUCAACAGAACAGGACUGGAAGCGUAUGGAGCACACCAUAGGUCAUAUUACGCUGGCUCAGUUAGCACACAUACAGAAUCUUUGCAAAGGCUGUCCUGACAUCAAAUCCAAAUGCCUAUAUCUCACUGGAAGAACUCUUCAUUUACAUGCUGUUAACAUGGAUCCCCUACACUCAGAGAUUUACUGGAAGCCAAAUGUUAUGGAAGAAGCUAAAUUGGACACCACAAAACCUUGCCUGACUUCAGCAGAAUGCAGUGAAAGGGAAAUGACAAGCAGCUGUUUACCAGUUAAUAAAUGUCAACAUGAUAAAUAUAGGGGGAAAACACAGGAAUUAAAGAAGAGAUAUAGAUUGUCUCGGAAUUAUCUUUCUCAAUCCAGUGAAGUUUUACUACAGUGCAUGGGUAUUGCGUUCCGCCAUAACAUUAUUGAUGUAUUGGCUUCUGCUAGUUUUGAAAUGGUUGAAUGCUUCGGGCAGUUUGAUCCAGUUUCAACAAGCCAGUUUUUGGCCCUUCAUCAGAGCUGUUCAGCAUCCAUGAUGAUGAGGAAUAUCCUUCUAACAGCUACUUCUAACACCAGCAGCUCUCAGCUGGCAGCGUUAUUGCAUCUUCAGAAUCACUUGAAGCAAAACAGAAAUACAAGUGAUCUUCUAAAAAAUGUGGAACAGCAACUGACUGCUAUUUCAAGGGCAUGGAGAAAUCUCUGUAUUCCUGUUGAACAUUUUAACAUCAUGAAUGAAUUGCCACCUAAUUUUUACAUAGUUAUUCUCCAGCAUUCAGAAGACAGAUCAAACUUGUACAGUUCAUUGAUUGAGAAACCAAAAACAAGUACUGCACAACAAAAAGGAAAACACACUCAGCCAAUGGUGCAAGCUAAAGUGUCUCGAUUUCCCGUGAAUCCUGAUAUGUUUCGUAUUUUGUUGGAAAAAGUGCGUCUUUACAAACAGCAAAAGAUGAAUAGUCUCUUUAAACAGACUGUCAUUCAAAACUUGCAAGAGAGUGUCUCCAAAAUAGAUGAGUGUCCCACAGAAAAAAUAGAUGAGAAUGGACAGGAUUUUACAUCAGAUUUCUCUGAAAUAGUAGAAGUUAUGGAAGACUAUCUGAAACCAGUGCUGUCACAGUUUGAUUUUCCUGACACUAGAGAACAGAGUGCAUCAAGUUCAGCAGCUGAAUCAGGAAAAAUAAAAGUAAAAGAUAAGGAUACCAAACACACAGGCAUACAAGGUACACCUAUGGAGUUAGGGUUGUGUGUGGUAUUAUUGGCAGAUACAUUAUUUAUGGAAUUGCCUUUGGAAGCAUUGAGUAUCUUUCGAGAAGAAGGUGUAUGUUCUGUAUCCAGAGAUUUUUCUCUCCAGAUUCUGUACAAUCGAGUACAUGUAGAAGAAUCAGAGAUUGAAGUAAAGAAACAUGUUGAGGUGCUUAAAGAACCAAAACCAAAAGCUGAUCAGAAAAAGAAUGUCAAAAUGGCACCCAUUAAUCGUGUUUUACCCUCUAAUUGCCUGUCUGUUGAUACCCAUAAUUUUAAAUAUAUUGUGGAUCCCUAUAAUGAAGGAAGAGAAGCAGAAGCUGUAAGUCCCUCACAAAAAGUAAAGGAAAUCCUAGAAAAAUACCAUGACCCAUUUACAUUACGGUGGGAAGGAGUUAUUGGUAGCACACAUGUUCCAAGCCAGGCUGAAUGGGAGCAGCUGCUGACUAACUGCAGUGCGUUUCUAUUCUAUGGGAUGGAGAGAUUCUUGUCUCAUACUUUACUCAACAGACUGGUUGCUAUGAACAUCCCAAAAUGCCAUUUGAUGAUACUUUUAGAUCUGGUGCAAUCAAAGCAGAGUUACCAGCGAGUAAGAAACUCUGAUAUCCACAAAAGGUGUCCACAUAUUGCAUUGGAGAGACCAGCAGAGACAGCAGUGCUUCUAAGCCUUACUGGUGUUCAUUCUAUAAUAGCCAACCAGUGGUACACUACUCUGCAAGAGAAUGGAGAAAGGCUAGAAAUUUUGUCUGAGAAUUUGUUAAGAAUUGGGAAGACAACUGGGCAGACAGUCCGUAUUCUUCAAAAGAGUAAGAUCUACAGGAAAAGUGAUUCAGUUAAAAUGGAAGAGGAUUCUCACAAUUCUCCUGCAGAGAAAGCAGAAGAACAGACCAGUCCUACUCCUUCAGAUCUUCCUGCAAUUCAUCCGUCGGUUUUUAAUUGUGUGUUAUAUGGUUUACCCAAUGUAAUUAUUACAUAAUUUGUGUCAGACUUCUCAUAAUAGGAACACUACUGCAGUUUGCAUGGUGCAUGCCUUGCCUUGAAGGUAUCCCAAAUACUUUUAUGUAAAGCCUAAGGAAAGGUCAGCUUAAGAAAAUGUACGUUUUGCUGUUUGACUGAUUUCUGUUUUGGAUAUAAGCUGUUUCAUAUUAAAAUAAUUGCAUUAAACAUCAAAGUUGCCUUUAGAUAUUUCAGUUAGUUACUGCUCUGUGCUUUUCUAAACUCAGUGAAACCUUUAAAAGAGUAAUUUAGAUUUCUAUUUAACUUGCCUCCAGUAUUGCCUUUUUGGACAAAUGUAAGCUACUACAAAAGAUUUCUGAGUUUGAAUAUCUGGAAUUAGACAUUAAAUUCCAUUGAAACAAACAUUGCAAAAAACAUUUUUCUUGGUGAGCACUACAGGUCUUAAAGGAGAUUAAGCUAGUAUUUUUGGGCAUUGAUACCUAAAUGGGUUUGAGAUGUAUCAUUGUCAGUACUUGCAUUUGGAAAUAUUUUUCCUUGAUGUAUUUUGUUUUUUAAAUAGAAGAUUUAUCAGGUACAUAGCUGAAAGAUUUACUAAGGCACCUUAUUCUGAAUUAAUUGAUUUUUAACUUAGUGUAUAGCAGUAGUUGAAGUUUAAUUAAAAAAAAAGUAACAUUAAAUAGCAAUGUUUAAUAAGUUUUGCUUAAUUCAUGAAACGCAUAUGGAAAUGAAUAACAUAAAAGCAUCUUUUAUGAAGGUAUACUAAACUAUUCCAAAAUCCUAGAUGUAAUUUUUGUAUGUGUAGAUUUAGUUUCAUGCUCUGUUAGUUGCCACUGGGUGUUUUAAAAUACAUAUUUUAUAACUUUAUUUGUAGUGAUAACGGCUGAAAUAAACGUAAAAUAAUUUAGCAUUUAGUGAAAAUACAAAGCUUGGAUCAUCACUGCAACUAAAAAAAUUUUAAGUCUUUUUUUUUUCCCUCCAGUAAGAUGGUAAUGUCUGUUUCCUGUGAUAAAUUUUUUUGUUCUUCAUAGAGCAUUAAAAUGACACUAAAAAGAUACUGUUCUUGGCUAGCUGCUGUGCUAUAGUUAAAUAGAACCUGAUAGAGUUAUGGGGAUAUAUAGAACAUAAUUAUAAAAUCAUGACAUGCAAAAUACUUGCAAAUACUCCUUGCUUUCACUGUUUAAUUAGAUAACCUUGCAUGAGCCACAGCUUCUCUGUCAAACUGUCUUCCUUAACACGCGUACUGUUUAUUUCACCUUUAAGUACUUUUCUUUCUAUUUAAUAUGGAACAUACAGUGUAUGUUUUGUGUGGCUUGUAUCUGGGCAUUUGGUAACAAUACUAAUUAAAGAAAGCAGAGACAGUGGACUAUACUUCACCUGUCUAGUCUGAAAAUUAAGGAUUCAUUAUAAGCUGUUUUCAGAUCUUAUGAACUUCCUGUGUUUCACAAGAUAUUGCUAUGAAUCACAGUCCCCAAACUUUUGCAUUUUAGUUACUCAUUUGUUUGCUUAUUCAUUUAUUUAUUUGUUUUUAGUUCUUUCCAGGUGCUGUUUCAUUGCAUUUGCCAGCACUCACUUAGUCAAAUUCCCAUGCCUAGCAUUUGGCAACCUCAAGUAUUUGAGUUUGAAGAAGCAGUUUGUCUUGGUGAAGCAAGUGUCCAUACUUGGUGUCCAGUAUAGCAGCUGUCCACUAUUUUCUUACUGAUUUUCCACAUCAUUCUCCAACACAUCCUUUGUUACAAGAUUGUAUUUCCCUGCUGUUAAUGGUACUUUUGACCUGCAGUGCUGUCUUUCUAAUACUUUCUUUUUUUUCUGUAAUGUAAAAGACUUUGGGAAAAGUGCUGCAUUCAAUAAGAAUCAUGAAGCCUUGUCUGCUUUGCUA